AUGGAAACCACGGCGAAAACAAAUAAAAGGGAUAUUCAAGAUGGGCCGCCGAAAGAAGUCAAAUUGCCUAUCAGUGAAGCACUUCUGGACUAUCACUGUCAAAUAAAGGAAAACUCACUAGAACGAUUUAUGGCUCGAAUAAAGAAACUUAGAGAAAAGAAUCAAAAGUAUCAUGAAAGAAAUAAACGCUUAAAGGAUGAACAAAUUUGGCACAUACGGAACCUACUAAAGGAACUCAGUGAAGAGAAGUCAGAGGGAUCCGUAGUUGUAACAAGGGAGGAGGUUGAAAACGCAAUGAAGGAAAAAUGGAAGUUUGAAAGAGACCAGGAACAAAACUUGAAAGAUAUGCGCAUCCAAAUAAGUAAUGCUGAGAAGCUAUUUCUUGAGAAACUCAGUGAGAAAGAAUAUUGGGAGGAAUACAAGAACGUAGGGAGUGAACGACAUGCUAAACUCAUUAGCUCCUUACAGAACGACAUCAACAGAGUUACGGAGAAUGCCGAAAAAAUGUCAGAACAGUAUAAAAUCACCCUGGAAGAUGCUAGAAAGAGAAUAAUCAGAGAAACUUUGUUGCAACUGGACCAAAAGAAGGAAUGGGCCACAGAGAAUGCUCUAAGGUUCAUUGACAAGGGUAGCUAUCGAGAGAUCUGGGAGAAUGACUGGCUCAAAAAAGAGAUUGCAAAUCACAGGAAGGAAGUGGAAGAACUGGAAAAUGCUAUUCAUGAGCUGGAAGAAGAAAAUUUGGUUCUUAUUGAUCAGCUAUUCAACUGCAGACUUGUGGAUCUCAAGAUACCCAGGCGACUGUAUCUUACCCAGGCUGUUGGGCAGGAAGUACCACCUGAAGUGCCUUUGGAGUUGUCAGAAACACAUAAAGUCAUCCCAGAAAACUCAGACUCGCAACCUAUAGACAUGAAAAGCAGAGACGCGUCAAGCAUCUCAUUUGGGAGCAGUGGUUUUCAUCUUAGUCACAAGGACAGCAGACUCGGCCAGCUUCUGAAGAUAGAUGAAGAAGAGAGUUCAAGCAUAGAGUUUGGGGCCUCUGAUAUGAAAUACUUACUGUAUGAGGAUGAGCAGGAUUUCAAGGAUUAUGUAAACCUGGGCCCCCUGGAAGUGAAGCUCAUGACUGUGGAGAGCAAGAAAAUGACCAUCCACUUCCAAGAGAAGGAAACUCCAGUCAAAUUCUAUGAAGAUGUCAGAAGCCCAGAAAGCCACAUCACCUAUAAAAUGAUGAAGUCUUUUCUCUAA